GCGGGUUCGCAUAAUAACCGCUGUAUUUCGAUUAUCCAAAGUCCGUAUUUUUAAAUUGAAUAUCCUUGAUCUAGAUAAAAUAACUGCAGUAAUCUGGAAACAAACUAGUUCCGCUAAGGAGUUUUUUUUGAAAGCAGAUCAAGUCUGGAUUGUUUAGCUAAGGCGUGCCAGAUCUCGGUAUGCAUCCGAUAACUGUAUUCUAUGGAAUCUCGUCCUAAUCCCAAGAUCUCCAUCCAAACCCCAUCGGGAACCGAAAGUGUUGCCAACAAAGCUCCCAGCACAGUUCAGUCCUCUCACAACAGCUUAAGCCGCAGCGUCCAGUCGCACGAGAGACUGUCGUACGUCUUAUCUAAUAUCUGGUCCCGCGAACUAUCCGGUGUAUCGGGCAACUCCAGCAUCCAAUCCACCAGCAAGAACAGCGUGGAUAGUGUGGCGAAAACGCGCAGCCAGUUAUCAAAAGCUUCGGUUAAGUCAAUAACUUCCGAUAAACAGCCACCGUUAACCGCUUCCCAGAAUCGCUUAUCCGUUAUCAGGGAAACCCAGAUCGACGAACUGUAUUCGGAGAAACUCCGGCUUGAGUUAAAGGAGUCGCAGUCGUACCAGUUUACAAACAACCCGCAUCCGCAAUUCAGCCGGGAAACCGCGAACUCUGCAUUGGAAGAAAGCGCAUCCGCGGCGGAAUCAGUCUCCGCUGCACGCACCCGUGAACGGCUUCUCAAACUCCACCAAGCGGAGGUUCAGCAUUCGGCUUCGGAGCAGAGCGUUCAAUCCGCGACCUCCAGUCCAUCAGCGCCCAUGGCGCAGAAAUCCUUUCUGCAUGGUUUGUUCGGCAAAUGGACGAAGCAGAAUAAUCCCCAUUCCGUCAAUAGUCUGGAAGCCACGUCCACGUAUUCGUUGUUGUCGUCCGGCAGUGACACACUCCCGAUGUACAGAUCAGCCGCAUCGGAGCGCUCCGAUGUUACGCUGGCGGAGUACCGCGCCAUAAAGGUCAAGAAUCUGGAUGAGAUCUUCGCCAAAGCGGCGCUGUCGUCGGCCAAUUUGGCGGCGGGGGAUCGGCGCGAUAGUGAUGCGGCUUUGGCUUUUCCGUCGGAUAUGCCACCGAUCUACAAUGUUCUGUUGGGGCAUUUGGAGAAUGAUAUGGCGCAUGACAAAUUGGUGCCAUUUAUAUUGAGACGGUUUAUGGAAUUCGGGCAUGAGCGGCAAUUUCUGGAUCACUUGAUGACCCGCAUCCGCUCCGACGAAGAAACCAUCCAGCAUCUGUGCACCGCUAACGCGUUUGUCUUGACCGAGGCCAGUCGGGACUUUGUCGAUCUUAACGACCGCAUCGACCAGCUGCGGGAGGACGUGGUGACCCUCGAUGAUCGGGACGUGUAUGCCGCGCAGCUGAAGGAGAUCCGCUAUGCCGAGAAGGAAACCCGGCUGACCAGCUGCGUACUGAGCAAUCUGGCCAUUUUGAUGGAGCGCAUCAAUGCGCUACGGCCGGCAUUGCGAUCCUUCAGCAAAGCGUUGGAACUCAGCGCCACACCGGUGAAGGCAUUGCGGUGCUUAUGCAAAGCCCAGGAGGACACGGUACAUCUGUCGCCGCAAAUGGGAUUUGUGGCGUGGCUGGCAACGACCAUUCCGGAGAUAAAGUAUUCGUUAUUGGAGACGUGCACAAGAGGAGUGAUUUACACGUUGGAAGCGAUCAGUCCGAGCAAACCACAAGCGGGAUUGGCCAUGUUCCACACCGUAUCGCUCUACAGUGGAAUCACCGUGGAGCCAGCGGCGUCAGAACUGCCGAAACUACUCAGUGCGCUAAAUGGAGCGAAUGCUAAAGAGAGCCUGGAAAAAAUGUUGAACUUGCGCCUUCUGAACAACUUCCGUCAUAUAGUCAAGACACUGGUGGAUUAUCCCGGGGGAGUGGAUAGCGAAUACUUGUUCCACUGUUACGUCACGUACAUGGCGGAACGACAUGUGCAGAUUUUCAAAAACCUAGACGAACACGAUGUGACCACCUUGCAGCAGUUGCGGUCGUUUGUGCAGAAGAUUGUAGGGAUUUUUGGGAUGGAGAUGUUCAUUGCUUACUACGUAACCGGUAUCACUGCCGAGGACUACUACAACGACCUUUGGAAAGACGUCUUCCCCAAAGUCCGCACCAUUACCGAAGACGCCAUCAAGCUAGUCUGCACGGAAAACGAUUAUAAGGACACCAGGAUCCUUUUGCGCAUAUUUCUGUCGGCGAUGGCCAUGCUGCGCUGUGACACCAGCGGGAUCUUCUGUCUCCUGGAAUCUCUCGCCGGACACUACUGCAAAAUCCUCGACCAGACGCUGGGCGCGGCAAUGCACUUAUCCCUAUCCCGUGACCUUUUCAGCGCCCAUAUUCUGAGCAGUGUGGAAGCAGAGAAAUCCUUCCUCCACGUUUUUGAUCCAUGGGAAAAGCAUCCCGGCUGCACGAGUAAGGAAUUCCCCAAGAAACUCCCGUUCUCCCAGAGCGUUCCGGAGAUCUACGGCUUGCUGACCAAUUACAUUUCCUCGAACAUUGACGUGGAUAAAGAUCUCGGGUUAAGUGUGGAAGAGUCGUUGGAGCGCGCGGUGGAGAUUACCAAGACGGCGUUGACAACGCAGUUGUACGAUCACCUGCAGGAUAUCUUCACCAGCGGGUAUCUGCUGGUUAAGCAGUACGUGCAAGUAUACCAGAACAUGACGCAAUUGCAGUAUUGUUUGCCGCGGCUGGAACGGUUUAUCGCCAAAGAGUUGUGCGUGCAUUUGGAGACCAAUCAUCCGCUGUUAUCGCUACGUUCGGCGAAUGUGACCUUUGAAGCGCUUAGACUGGGAACCGAGCAGCAGCUGAUUGGAGAACUCACGGGAUACAUCCAAGCAGUUUUGCAUGAUAGCGUCACCGAUUUAACGAUUAUACCGGAAGCUCCAUCUGAAGAAGCUAACAAGGUUCUCGGUUUCAUCAAAGAGUUCUUUGACGACAUUAGCCGACUGCGACCAGAGUUCGCCGAAAAAGCCUUCGCAACGCUGUGGGCCACCAUCCCCACGGAACUGGAGACCUUCUGGGUGUACGAGUCAACGGUCGUCAGUCGCGAGGGACUGCACCAACUGCGCAUCGAUAUCGAGUACUAUGAAAAAGUCCUGGGCAUGUUUGGGUUCCGAACGGUGAAAGAGAGCGGAGAAAACAAGGAAUUCGACUACCUAUUGCAGUUGAUCAGUCUGGUCCUGGACGAUGACUGGACGAAUUACAUCAGCAACUUUGGCACGAAGGAGUCCAAGUACACGGUGGUGCCGCCGGGAUCGGCCGUGCGGGUUCUGGCGAAACUAAACGAUAUCCAUCUGGAGGCGUCCAAGUCGAAUACGUAUAUCAGUGUGCGCGGGGAGAAAGAGAAGAAGCAACGCCGAGAAUUAAUCUUAAUUCAGCUGGAUGAUUUGGCUACCGUAGGGAAGAUUGUACAUUUUAAAGUGCCGAAGUCGAAAUCGAAUUUGUUGUUAUUGAAGUCAAAUACGUCUUUUGAUCCUACUGCAAAGGAUUCGAAGAUAAAAUGAUUACAAGCGUUUUAACCGAAAAAAUAAACUGCGUUUGCG